GUCCCUGGAUGAGCAGGAGCUGACGGCAGCCGAGUCCCACCUUCUCCACGUGCUGGGAAGCAGGGCUGCGCCACCCGGGGGGCCCAAUGCCGAAGAACAGCAAGGUGACCCAACGCGAGCACAGCAAUGAGCACGUCACCGAGUCGGUGGCCGACCUGCUGGCCCUGGAGGAGCCCGUGGACUACAAGCAGAGUGUCUUGAACGUGGCCGGCGAGGCAGGUGGCAAGCAGAAGGCGGCGGAGGAGGAGCUGGACGCGGAGGACCGGCCGGCCUGGAACAGCAAGCUGCAGUACAUCCUGGCCCAGAUUGGCUUCUCUGUGGGUCUUGGCAACAUCUGGAGGUUCCCUUACCUGUGCCAGAAAAAUGGAGGAGGUGCCUACCUGGUGCCCUACCUGGUGCUGCUGAUCAUCAUUGGGAUCCCGCUCUUCUUCCUGGAGCUGGCCGUGGGCCAGAGGAUCCGCCGCGGCAGCAUCGGCGUGUGGCACUACGUGUGCCCCCGCCUGGGCGGCAUCGGCUUCUCCAGCUGCAUAGUCUGCCUCUUUGUGGGGCUGUACUAUAAUGUGAUCAUCGGGUGGAGCGUCUUCUACUUCUUCAAGUCUUUCCAGUACCCACUGCCCUGGAGUGAGUGCCCUGUCUCCAGGAAUGGGACCGUGGCAGUGGUGGAGGCAGAGUGUGAGAAGAGCUCAGCCACUACCUACUUCUGGUACCGAGAGGCCUUGGACAUCUCCAACUCCAUCUCAGAGAGCGGGGGCCUCAACUGGAAGAUGACUCUCUGCCUCCUCGUGGCCUGGAGCAUCGUGGGCAUGGCUGUCGUCAAGGGCAUCCAGUCCUCGGGGAAGGUGAUGUACUUCAGCUCCCUCUUCCCCUACGUGGUGCUGGCCUGCUUCCUGGUCCGGGGGCUGCUGCUGCGGGGGGCCAUCGACGGCAUCCUACACAUGUUCACUCCCAAGCUGGACAAGAUGUUGGACCCCCAGGUGUGGCGGGAGGCAGCCACACAGGUCUUCUUCGCUCUGGGGCUGGGCUUCGGGGGCGUCAUAGCCUUCUCCAGCUACAACAAGCAGGACAACAACUGCCACUUUGACGCUGCCCUGGUGUCCUUCAUCAACUUCUUCACCUCGGUGCUGGCCACCCUUGUGGUGUUCGCUGUGCUGGGCUUCAAGGCCAACAUCAUGAACGAGAAGUGUGUGGUCGAGAAUGCUGAGAAAAUCCUAGGGUACCUCAACAACGACGUCCUGAGCCGAGCCCUCAUCCCUCCCCACGUCAACUUCUCCCAUCUCACCACCAAGGACUAUGCAGAGAUGUACAAGGUCAUCAAGACCGUGAAGGAGGACCAUUUCUCAGCACUGGGCCUCGACCCCUGCCUUCUGGAGGACGAGCUAGAUAAGUCUGUGCAGGGCACAGGCCUGGCCUUCAUUGCGUUCACCGAGGCCAUGACGCACUUCCCUGCGUCCCCAUUCUGGUCUGUCAUGUUCUUCCUGAUGCUCAUCAACCUGGGCCUGGGCAGUAUGAUCGGCACCAUGGCGGGCAUCACCACACCCAUCAUUGACACUUUCAAGGUGCCCAAGGAGAUGUUCACAGUGGGCUGCUGUGUCUUUGCAUUCUUCGUGGGGCUGUUGUUCGUCCAGCGCUCCGGAAACUAUUUCGUCACCAUGUUUGAUGACUACUCGGCCACCCUGCCGCUCACCGUCAUCGUCAUCCUCGAGAAUGUCGCGGUGGCCUGGAUCUAUGGGACCAAGAAGUUCAUGCAGGAACUGACGGAGAUGCUGGGCUUCCAGCCCUACCGCUUCUAUUUCUACAUGUGGAAGUUCGUGUCUCCGCUAUGCAUGGCUGUGCUCACCACGGCCAGCAUCAUCCAGCUUGGGGUCACGCCCCCGGGCUACAGCGCCUGGAUCAGGGAGGAGGCUGCCGAGCGCUACCUGUAUUUCCCCAACUGGGCCAUGGCCAUCCUGAUCACGCUCAUUGUCGUGGCCGUCUUGCCGAUCCCCGUGGUAUUUGUCCUGCGGCACUUCCACCUGCUCUCCGACGGCUCCAACACCCUCUCCGUGUCCUACAAGAAGGGCCGCAUGAUGAAGGACAUCUCCAACCUGGAGGAGAACGACGAGACCCGCUUCAUCCUCAGCAAGGUGCCCAGCGAGGCGCCCUCCCCCAUGCCCACUCACCGCUCUUAUCUAGGGCCCGGCAGCACAUCACCCUUAGAGACCAGCGGCAACCCCAAUGGACGCUACGGAAGCGGCUACCUCCUGGCCGGCACCCCUGAGUCGGAGCUGUGACCACUGCCCUGCCCUGCCCACCUCACCCCCCGCCACACACACACACACACCCAGCCAGCCCACGUGUCCCCAUCUGGCCUCUCCUUCCGGGCCAGGCCCAAGGCCCAAGGAGUGGGGCUCUGCCCUGCCUCAUCCCCCACCCCUGUCCCAGCCGACUUCUGCUCCGUAGAUCUGAGUGGGGGUUGGGAGAAGCUCUGUCCCCCGAACUAAGCCCCCAACCCAGCUAACCUUCUGAGAUCGUCUUACCAAAUUGCAGCUGAGUAACUGGAACCACCCAGCAGUCCCGAUUCCUGGCACAGGGGAGUCUCCAAGUGGCUACUCUGGAGUUCGUUCCUCCUUCCCACUCCUCCUGGUAUCUGCAGCUGUUAGGUCUCGGGGCCCCUUAGGUCUGUGCUGCCAGGUCGUGGCUCUGGCGAGAGGCAUCGGGACGGGUUAGGCAGGGUGUCCUGUCCCAGAGAUGCCCGACUGAAGGUUAGUGAUGGGACAGAGGUGCCAGGACUCAGGGCUCUGACUUGGGGAUGGAGUCUACAGAAAUCCCCAAGCUCGGUUUGGUGAGGCAGAUGGCUUCCUCGGGUUUGAGCAUGAACCAUGGCAGCAGACGUGGUGAGAUGAGGGGGCUCCCUGGCACCUUAGCACCCAGCUCAAGACGGACCCUCCAGUGUCCUCGGCCUUGUCUGGGGUGUGUGGGGAGUGCUCCCACAUCCUGCCUGAGAGGGCGAUGACUGGCCCCAGAACCAUUCCCACCUCCCUUAGGGCUGAGCCUGCCUACCCACCCACCCCUGUCCUGGAGCCCAGAGUGGUGCCUCUGCCUCUGCCCUCAGAGAGGAGAGGUUUCCAGGGCACACCUGAUGGUUCACAGCACAAUUCAGAUGAUCUGGAGCACAAUUGUGAAGCACACCCCUCCCCUCUCGCCCAGGGCCUGACUCUCUUGCUAGUGGCAGCUUCUCUCCUGGAACAGGGGUCCGUGGAGUUCAGGGGCUCACACGGAGAAAGUGGUAAUUUCACUGCCCCUCCGGGCCACCGCCACUCUCCUUGGAUAAGCACAGCCACCCGGCGUGUGUGGACACCUCAGAAACCUUUCCCAGGCUGCCGGGCCAGUGGCAGGGAGGGCCGCAUGCAGCGCUGGGGACACUGAAGCUGCCCAGGGCAAGGGCCUGGACUCUGUCCUGGGUUCCAGCCUUGAAGCAUCCCCACCCACGCUUACCUUCACUACCCCAGGAUAGGGCUGUCCUCAGAGUGUAGGUUAAGAGGAUUAGGAUCUGAUCGGAGGUCAGAAGUGUGCAGAGCGAUGAAUGGACUGAUGAAAGGAUGCCAGGAUGGAUGGAUGGAAGGAGGGAGAGAAGGGACAGAGGGAGGGAGCAAGACUGGCUGGGACAGCAGACCUCCAUCUCUGAGAGCUGGGGUGCGCACGGCAGGGACAGGCCAUGGUGCUUGGCCUAAGUCACUCUUGUGCCUCUGAGUGCUCUCAGCACUGGGAGGGGCACAGUAGCCCCAGGUCCUCUCCUUCACCCCUUCGUCCCUCGGCUUCCCCCAUCCCACUUGGGGUCCACUCGCCAUCUCUCUUCCUCAUCCCAUCCCCACACAUGCUCCCAUUUCUAGCCUUCUCAGCCCCACCUGUCCUUCCUGAGUGUAUGAGGGGAGAGGGGAUCCACAUCUACACAAAGACAUGAGUUUUUGGGGCACAACAUCCCGCCUUAGGCACCCCCUCACCUGACAGCACCUCCUACCUGGCCCUGUGCCUAACCCUGAGCAGAAAUAGCAACAGGAAAAGCAAGGCCCCAGGAGAGACACUGCUAUAUAUACUCUUCUAUAUAUUCUAUUUCUAUUGUAUAUUCAAUCUGUACAUGUGGGUGUAAAUGCUGUUAAAUGACAAACCCAAUAUUAUACUGUGGUUGGUGGACUAUUUUCAUCCUCAGUGCUGUACAGAUCUAUUUUCAUUGUAUAUUUGAUAUAUUUUUAAUUUUGUAGCGUGUGGCUGGACCAGGCCCUAUCGUGCCAGCCUGUGACAGGGUGGCUGAGCUGGGGCCGUCUGCUUGGUCCUGUGGGCUUGGUAGUGCUUAUAGCUGCUGCCGUAGGCUGGGCCCAUCCUGUUGUGUCUCUGCCAUUAGACAUAAGGCCCGGAGCUUGGUGUGUGUGUGUGUGUAUGUGUGUGUGUGUGUGUGUGCGUGUGUGCACAUAUGUGGGUGUGCGUAGGGUGCUGAUCUAUGACUCCUAGUGUUCACAUUCCUGAAGACCACGCUGCCUCCUCCUCUCAGCUACGUUAGGCAAGGCCUCAGGGUAGAGUCUUGUGGGAAGCCUGUGAGAAAAGCAUGUGCCUCUUGCUGGUGACUUACUUCCUUCACACCAUCAGGCUUGCCAGAAACAGGAAAUGAGGGGUCUUAAGGGGUGGGAGAAGUCUGCACAUUUAUUUUCCAGCCAGACUUCUGGCUGUGCCCACUGGCAUCACAAGCUCUUCAUCCCUGGAGAAAGUGCUGGGUUUCUGAAGAUGCUGAGGCCCCAAGAGGGCAUCAUCUCAGAACGCCUCUGUCCUGUGUUUGCCCUUGAGACAUCCCUGACAGUGCUCAGAGAAGACGCCUGCCCCUCCUCUGUGCUUCUGACACACACACCUCUCUGCUCACUCUCAGGGGAGCUGGGAGUGGGCGGGCCCAGUGGGGUCAAGAGCAAGCGGGGCAUCUGACAGGUAAGAGCCAGCCGUACAUGCUCUGGAGGAGCAGGAGGCGGCCAGGGAGGGCCGGGCCCCUGUGUUCCUGCACAGAGUCCCCAGGUGGCUCACUUUGGUGCUGUCCAUGCAGCGUCCACAGGGAACAGAGCAGACUCCUGGGCGGGGCGGGGCGGGGCGGGGCGGGGGUGUCCCUGAAGAGGUCCCCGGUCCCACCUCUGCCUGGCCCCCAGCCCCCAUCACCAGCUUCUUGCUCAGGGAGCCCUCUCCGCUGAGGCAACCUGAAGCCUGAGUGAGACCCAUGUGGGGUGGACGGGUGGGCACACAGGUGGAUGCCCACCAGACUGACUUGUGCCCUUGAGCGGUAAGUCCGUGGGGACUGCUGCUUUCCUAAUGCCAGGAAGAGACCCUUCAAGUCAGCCUAUAGGACGUGAGGCUAGGGGUCAGAACCUGCAUGGUCCUGGGCCCGAGCAGGCCUUAAGUGUUACAGGCAGGGGUCUGCCCUCUGCCCUUCUUCUCAGCCGCACUACCCCCAUCCCUUGCCACUGGAAUACACCCUGAGCCCCCACCUGGCCCUGAAAUGGGCCUGCUGCCCCUUCACUGGAGCCUAGUGACUGGGGGUGCAGAAGGAGGGCCCAGAGUCCCUUCUCACCGCAGGCACUGCUUUGUACAGACCCAAGCACACACGGCCAGCAGCCCUUUCAGUUCUGGCUUAAGUUCAGAGUGAUUCCAGUCCACAUGUCCCACACUGGUCAGAACCCUGGGUCAAGGACACUCAGCCAGGGGAGGGGAUGAGGCAUUGUCACCCCGGAAGCCCCUCCUUCGUCUCUGCUCCCCACAUGGUGUACAAUAAAGUGUCUGUUCUUACCAAA